GCGGACUCCGGAUUCCGCGACAGUCGCCCGUCGGAUGCGACGCGUAGCGCACGAGUAUGCACCGCGUGUGAGUGCCGCAGUGUAGUGGGGCAGAGGCCCAUACGUUCGAAAAUAGAAAACGGAAAAAUUGACCCCCAGAUGGGAGUUUACGAAGAGAGGGGAGCGAUGCACUGGCAACAGAGUGAGCGGUAUCUAACUUCGGCAUAUGACACGGGCGCCGCGUUGUCACCUGUAGCGCCGGCCGCGUCCCCAGGCUCGCCGCGCGACUGCACCUCGUGCCACAAGCGGGAGCCCCCGGACGAGCCCCCGCCCCCGCCCGCCGAAGACGCCUGUGCUGGCUGCGGCUCCCGCAUCACGGAUCGAUACUACCUCCUCGCGCUGGAGCGCCGCUGGCACACGCCGUGCCUUAGAUGCUGCGAGUGCAAAAUGCCACUCGACUCGGAACAACGUUGUUAUGCUAGGGACAGCAAUAUAUUCUGCAAGAACGACUAUUUCAGGCUAUACGGUUCAAAACGGUGUGCGCGGUGCAACACGCCAAUAUCCGCUUCAGAGCUGGUGAUGCGAGCGCGGGACCUCGUGUUUCACGUCCACUGCUUCUCAUGUGCUCUCUGCAGCACGAGACUGACGAAAGGCGACACGUUUGGCAUCAGGGAUUCAAAUGUUUAUUGCAGGCUACAUUAUGAAACAAUGCCGGACUACGGCUCUCACAUGCCCAUGCCAGGCCCGCCGCAAAUGUGCCCGGGGCCCUACGCCGGACCCCCGCCGGGGCCACACUACCCUCCCUAUCCCUCGCCAGACUUCGCGCGAGUGGAACCCGAUGUUCCUAAAGGAUCCUUCUUCAACGGUGCAGCGGCGCCCCCUCCACGACAGAAAGGACGGCCUAGAAAAAAGAAACCAAAAGAUCAAGAUUUAAUGACAGCAAAUCUCGAUCUGAAUGCUGAUUAUCUGGAGAUGGGAUUCCGAGGAGGGGGUGCCUUGGGGGCAACCUCGCGCACGAAACGGAUGCGCACCAGCUUCAAGCACCACCAACUGAGAACGAUGAAGUCUUACUUUGCCAUCAACCACAACCCAGACGCGAAAGAUUUGAAGCAACUCAGCCAGAAAACCGGUCUACCGAAAAGAGUACUGCAGGUAUGGUUCCAGAACGCUCGCGCCAAGUGGCGGCGCAUGGUGACCAAGCAGGAGAACAAGAUGGCGGACAAGUGCUCGCCGGACGCGUCCCUCGAGAUGGACAUGUACCAUGGGCCGAUGGGCUCCAUACAGUCGCUACCGCCGCACAGCCCCCCCUACAGCGUCAUGGGAGGGCCGCCGAGUCCAAACUCAAUGGACUGUCCAUAGCCCCAGUUUUGCGCCUUAUGAGCGCCAUGAAACUAGUUAGAAAAUGUGUUUCGACAAUCAGCGCUCUUACCAAACUGUACAGAAGCUAGUGAAACAUUCUAACGCAACGUCAUGAGACUGUUUACAUCGACUGAAGUUUACGUGAAAACUGACUGAAAUUCGUCGUCGUAAAAAUUAGUAUAGGUACUGAGAGUUAUGUUGUGCGGUGGAUUACAUUGAUUGUGAAAAAAGGUUGUAUAUUUAUAUCGAUGCUGAUGCCAUUUGAACUUUGAAACUUAAAAUUUGGUGAAAAUACAAUAUGAUUGCAGUCUCUUAGAUUAAGAGUUUGAUUUUGGUUCAUUAAAUCAACCGUAUGAAAGUGUUUCGGCAAAAAUCUCAUUAGUUUCAUCCGUCCAUUUUGUAUCUGGGUAAUAUUAUGUUCUGUUAUCUUAUUUAUUAAAACCUCAUGUAGUGAUGCAUGUAGCAAUGGCUACGAGUAGAACAUGAUUAGCUCAUACAUCGAUACUGUAAUUAAUCAUUUCCUAGAGAAAUACUAAUUGUCUUUUAUUUCAAAUGAAAAUUAAAAGUAUGUCAAAAUCUUGUUAAGUUGCGACGAUGGCGGCAAAUUACCCUGGUGGAUUUUGAAUAAAUAUGUAAUAUUAUUUUACAUAAAUUUUGAUAUUCCUUAUUGUGUUUUAUUAGGUUUUAUUCGUACAAAAAAUGUACGUGAAAUUGUAAAAUAUUGAAAGAUGAAUGUUCAUGGCAAAAAAUGUUAUAUAAACAUUGAGAUUGUGGUCAGUGAUGUAAUAACAAGAUAUUAUGUAAAGUUUGACGACCGAAGCGGUGUUUAAUAUAUACUAUUUAUUUAUUGAAUUAAUUAAUAAUUUAAUUUAAAGCGUAAAUCUAGUGUAAGAUGUAGGUAUAUGCAAAAAUUUCCAUAAUAUAAAUAUUUUAGUGAUAUGACAUAGUAUUAAGAGAUUUGAUUGGCUACGGCCACUCACACACGCAAUAAAUGGACUAUAAUGUAGUCUUGACAAUAACAUUGAACAAUAUAUUGUGAAAUCUACAAGAAUAGUUAACAAUGUAACAUAUCUGCACACAUGCAACAUUAUUGACAAUAAUUUCAAUUUAAUUGCGUAUGUGCGGAUAGUGACAUAUUCACAAAACAGUGUACAAGCGUGUCUGUAAUAUAAUACCUACAUAUUGAAAACAACGUAGAACGGAUGUAACGAGUAAUGUACGUAUAGUUUUAGAUUUGUAAGUAGAAAGUUAUGCCAGAUAAGUACAUGCACUGGUAGUUCCUUUUUUGUAUAAAUUUAUAAUGUAAUCUUAAAACGAAUAACUUGCGAAUGUAAAAUGUGUUAGUCACAUAUGUAAGGGAAACUUCUCAUUCAUUCUGUAGAAUUUAGAAUAACGGUUACACUCAAUAACGAAUAGGCAUAGACAGGUGGCGCGGCCGACAUGCGCGUGCUAAAGUUGUUUCCACUUCGGAUAACUUCCUCAUGUCACUAAAAUUAUAAUGAUCUGUUAAUAAAAACUAUUACAUUUUU